GGAGCAUCACUCCCAAGCUAAUGGAGGACAUUCUGGCUCAGGUACAGCUUAGACCGUCCUUUGAGGGGCCGUCCGAGUCCAGUGAUUCUGGGAGCCCCCAGGGCCGAGGAAGGAGGCGGGACGGGGCAGGAGGAGCGCAGCCCAGAGCAGAGAUUUCAUGGAGACAAAUUUAAGGAAAAUUACUCUGGAGAAUGCAGAGAAUGCAUCAGUCAAGUGACCUUUCAUGCAAUUGGAAACUGAGUAUGUCAGUGAUAGGAGACUACUGAAAUCUGUGGUAUAUACAUUUAAGAAAUGGAUUGGGACCAACUAGAAUUGAAUCCUAAAGUUAUCACUGCUGUUAAGAAAGCUAAACUAAAAUCAAUAAAGGAAGUUUUGCACCUUUCUGGACCAGAUCUGCAGAGACUAACAAAACUGUCCAGCAUUGAUGUCCAGCAUUUAUUGAAAACAGUCUCAUUAGCACUAAGGAACAACUGUGUUCUGACAGCACUUCACAUGUAUCAACAGAAAGAGGAAUUCCCAACACAGCAUAAGAAACUGGGCUUUGGCUGCUCGGUACUUAACAGACUUUUAAGAGGUGGUCUCCCCCUGGAGGGAAUCACAGAGCUUGUUGGACAGAGUUCGGCUGGGAAGACUCAGAUUGGCCUGCAGCUGUCUCUCUGUGUGCAGUACCCUUAUGAGUAUGGAGGACUAGAGUCAGGUGUGAUCUACAUUUGCACAGAGGAUGUUUUCCCAGACAAGCGUUUGCAGCAGCUUAUAGCUCUACAGCACCAACUGAGGCCAGAUGUUCCUGGGGAGAUCAUCAAGAAAAUUCAAUUUGGCAACUCUAUCUUCAUUGAGCAUGCAGCAGACAUAGAUACAUUGUUUGAAUGCAUUACUAAGAGGGCUCCCAUCUUGCUGGCUCGAGGAAUGGUCCGACUUAUCAUCAUUGACUCCGUUGCUGCUCUGUUUCGCUGUGAAUUUGGCAUCCAGCAUUCUGUUACAAAAGCCAAAUAUUUACAGACCCUCGGAGCCAAGUUGCACCAAUUAAGCAGUGGGUUCCAGAGCCCAGUAUUGUGCAUUAAUCAGAUAACAGAUACAGUGGAUGAGAGGGGGCUUGCUGGCACAAAUCUGGAUGUACUUGAGAGAGUUUCUCCAGCACUUGGAAUAACCUGGUCCAAUCAACUACUAAUGAGGCUGAUGGUCAGCCGCCCACCCUGUGAGUUCGCUAGAGAUACGGAUGCCUCAGCUACUGGGACCAUUGUUAGGACACUGAGUGUUAUUUUUGCACCACAUCUGCCCCAGUCCUCUUGUCACUACACAGUCAAUGCGGAGGGUGUAAAAGGAGCAGAGUAAGGCAGUUACUAUGGUUACAGCAGUUUAAAGUGCAGGAGAAAGGAUACCUUCCAGGAAAACCUUUAUUCACCUGUAGUUUGUUUAUAUGUAUAUAUGCCUGUGUGUACAUACUACUAAGCCCUAUUUUCAAAUAAACUAUUAACACUGAAUAGUUGAAUGUCACUGUUAGCUUCAUGGGUUGGUCCAGAGAGGAUUAAGUUGUUCAUUUUUAUGGAAUUUUUUUAUAAGCUAAUUACUUCUUUCAGUGACCACACCAUUGCUGUAAACUAAAAUUAGGACUGACCUUUGGAAGGCUGAGAACUAUCAAGGCAGAGGCUAUUUGAGAGAUGUGAGCUAUCUGCAUUUAAGGAAAGAAAUCUGUCAAAUGCCCACAACAAGAAUUAUGACUUUUAGCCCCCAUAGCUUUAAACUUAAUGGUAAAGCAUUUUCUAGUGGCUCUGAAUUGCUUCUAAGGAUAAAAUAUUCAUUUGGCGUUUAAAGCAUUUAGCUUUCCAGAUUUCUGCAUCCUAGCCUAAAUGGCCCAACUGCUAUCCCCCCACCCUCCCUGUAAAUAUUUCUUCUGCUUUGGUGCCUUGGUUUUAGCUAUGGCCAUGUUCUCCUUCCUCCUCACUCAAUUCCUGACUCCUUUCAAAGCUCCAGUUAGGUGCCACUGUCAGCAAGACUCUUCCUGACCCUCCCCUUCAUCCUCAGUCCUAUAGUUUCACCUUACAUCUUAAACUUCCAUCCCUCUCUCCUCCUGCUCCCCAUAAAAUGUAAACUCCGUGAGGACAGGUGCUCUUCAGUUCUCUCAUCUUUGUAUCACUGCCCAUGUACCUUGAACAACUGUAGAUGUUUAAUAAAUGU